GUGACUGCGUGAGUUGUCUACGAUUCGCUGAUCUUGCAGCCAUCUUCUCUCCUCUAGUCUUACCAUGCGGUAAAGUUCGUCGUGUGGUGUCUUGUAGAAACUUACUUCUCCAUUCAUUGCUGUUUUCACUAUCCUAUACUGUGUUGUACUGUACUGUUCUUGGAUACAACCGGCCAAGAAUACCGUUAAUUCAGUAUUAAACCGUGAAAAGUGAUUACAGUUACGGAUACUGUACAGACAAUGUGAAAGGCUGUACGUACAGUCCAUAGCAGUGAACAGUGUGCCCACUGUAGCCUAGUGUGUACAGUGUACAGUGAUUGUACAAUGCAGGAAGCUACAGAAAAAAUCCCUGGCACCAAGGUGAAUAAAAGAGGCCCAGUGAAUAGACUCACAUUAAAAGAAAAAUUAGAGAUUCUGAAAAAACUGGAAAAUAGAGUGCCUGUAAAAGUCUUAAAGGAGGAAUAUAAAGUGGGCAUGUCCACCAUUUAUGACGUGAAAUAUGCAGCAGAGAAGCUGAGGAGACAAGAACAAAAAUCUCUUUUAGAGGCAAGUUUAGAACCUACCCUCUCCAGAACUCGCUUGGGUAGCGUAAGGUUUGCAAAAGUUGAUGCUGCAGUGUAUGACUGGUACAAACAGCAGCGGGCCAGUGGUAUUGCCCUUCGCGGCAUUGACGUCCGUGAAGCCGCACAGCGAUUUGCAAUCUUGCUGAACGUACCUGACUUCCGUGGGAGCUUUGGGUGGCUCUAUAAAUUUUAUAAAAGGCACGGGAUUAAUACCAAGCGAGUGGCUGGCGAAAUUGCUCCUGCUGAUGUGGCGACGGUGCAGCAACUUCAACAACUCAUGCGUGACAAUGACAUACAAAAGUAUGAAAUUUAUAAUGCUGAUGAGACAUGCCUCCACUGGAAGUCAAUGCCUAACAACACCAUGGCAUCCCGGCACGAGAGCAGCACCCCUGGACUAAAGGCCAGCAAGCAGCAUGUGUCAGUGCUGUUGUGCGCCAAUGCUGCUGGUACCCACAAGGUAAAACCCUUAGUGGUGGGAAAUGCCCAGAGCCCCAGGAUGCUGCAUAAUUCUAUGGAUCAGCUUCCUGUGUCGUGGUGUAGUAACAAAAAGUCCUCGCUCACCCGGGAAUUAUUUGUAAGCUGGUUCCUCAAUGAUUUCGUCCCUGCAGUCCGACACUUUCAGAUGACAGUCCAUCGCAUUCCUAGACAUGAAGUCAAGGCCUUGCUCAUCCUUGACCCUCAGCCUGUCCACCGCUCUCAAGAUGAGUUACAAAGUGCUGAUGGGCGGAUCAGAGUGAAGUUUUUGCCGCCCAACACUGCCUUACUCAUACAGCCCAUGGACCAGGGCGUCUUUCUGGCCUGCAAACAACAUUACAAGCGCCUCUUCUUGAAUGACGUUCUGGCUGUGGAACCAGUGCCAGAGGGGGAGGAAGACACACUGCUGGCCAGAACACUGCAGAACAUCAAGGACUACAACAUCCGGGAUGCACUGUACAACCUAAAGGCAGCCUGGGACAAGAUAACAGAGACCACAGUCAGGAAUGCAUGGAAGAAGCUCCUGAAUGGGGGUGGUGGUGGUGUUGGUAGUGGUGCUGCAGAAGCUGUGUCACAGCAGGAGGAUGCAGCCUUCGAGGGCUUCGAAGUGGAAGAGGCCCAAAGUCUUUUCCGUUACAGUGGUGACACUGCCGUGACCGAGGACGAUGUGGCUGAGUGGUUGAUGGACGUUGUUGAUCAUGGCUGCCUCCUCACCCAGGAGGAAAUAGUUGCUGGUGUCCUCAGAUCCUAUGGAGAAGGACAGGAGGAGGAGGAAGAAGUGGAGGAAGUUUCCAGCAUCAUUAAUCUCAGAGAGGUGAGGGCACACCUAGACGCCCUACUGAAUUUUACGGCCGCCACUGAUCUCCUCCGCUUAAUUCCAUUUUACCAGAUCCUUCGGGAUGUAAGAGCAGUUGUUAUUGACGAGCUGCAGAGGAGGACCAAAAAGAAACAGAGUAAGAUUGGGGACUACUUCCCAAAGGUCACCAAGUGUACAACUGAUGUCUCCAAUGUCAACUGUCAGCCAAGUACCAGUGGUGACAGUGUUUUUGGCCUCAGCCCACAACCCUCAACUUCAAAGAUGUCAGACCUACCACCUUUACCAUCACCACCACCACAUUCACCUUCACCUUCACCACAUGGUAGUGUCACCACUUGGUCUGCCUGCAUCACAAGCUCAAGUCUACAGCAUCUACUAGAACAUUUUGACCAGGACCAACUCGAGCACGGACGAGCGGAUGGGAAGAAGAGGUUGAGAUGGAACGCUGUACCGACCAUCUUCGCCCCCCAUAGUGUUGGAGGGACAACCACGUCUUCAAAUAAGAUAACGGGCACAUGUUUCAAGCCCAUCAAGGAGGCCGAGAUCUAUGCAGUGCUCCAGGGUUCAGAUCCUGAGUACUCUGAUGAGGACAGCAUCUUUGAGAAGACUAACGACAGCGACGACGAAGACGAUGACUUUAAGCGCAGCGACGAUGAAGGCGAGUUUAUGCACAGCGACAAAGACGAGAAGUAUGAAGAGUAUUUAUCCAACCUCGAGAGUGAGAUCGACAGUGAAGCAUCUGACGACUCGGCUACCUCCAGCUCUACCUCCCCACAUAAGAAGAGGCGACUUGCUACUGAUAUGGAGGACCUGCAAUUUACAUACACAGAGCCAUUGCUACAGGGAGAUAUUGGGCUUCGCUGGAGUAAUAAACCUGUUAUGGAGACUGUCCCAAAACCUAAUAGGGACAUAGUAAAUGGGAUAAGAAGUGGCCCAGAUGGACUUGCUACCAUUGCUGACACUCCAGAACAGUGCCUGGAACUCUUCCUUGACCUGGAUAUGAUCAAUGAAAUUGUGAUCCACACGAACUCUGCAAUCUCUGCUAUAUCAGAGAAAGUUAGCACCAAGAAUGCCACUGUUGAGGAGACCAGCGUCGACGAGAUAAAAGCAUUGAUAGGAAUUCUAAUCUUUUCCGGCUGCAGGCGUGAUAAUCACUUGUCGACAGCAGAAAUGUGGAACACACAGGUAGGUUCUCCUCUGUAUCAGGCUGCCAUGAGUGAGAGACGCUUCAGCUUCCUGCUGGAGUGUCUUUGUUUUGAUGAAGCAGCUACGAGGAGAGAGAGGUCAAAAACUGAUAAACUGGCUCCCAUCCGACAACUCUGGAAUGAGUUUCUCACGAAGUGCCAGAAAUCGUAUGUUCCUGGCGAAACACUCACCGUGGGUGAACAGCUCCUCCCCUUUCAUGGGCAAUGUGGGUUCUGUGUAAACUUUGCCAACAAACCUGCCAAGUACGGAAUCAAGCUUUCGGUGAUAUGCGACGCUAAAUCCAAAUACAUGCUAAAUGCAAUUCCGUACUUGAGAAAAGACGACUACACACCGGCUUGUCAAGGGCUUGAGUUGCGCCACAUUACCAAGGAACUCUGUAAGCCCUACUUCAAUACCUGGAGGAAUGUAACCACAGAAAGCUGUUUUACAUCUAUUCCGUUGUCAAUGGAUCUACUCAACAACUGUGGUUUGACUUCUGUUGGCGAUUUGCGGUUGAAUAGGCCACACAUUCCACCAAAUAUGACCAGAAAAGAUGGUCGGAAGGAGAACAGUAGUGUAUUCUGUUUCGCCGAAGGCCUCACCAUGGUGUCCUACAUGCCAUACCCCCAGAAAUUGGUCGUUCACCUGUCGACCAUGCACACCCAGCCCACCAUUGACAAGAAUAAGAGGCCUGAGAUCAUCAAUUACUACAAUAGAAAAAAAUCUGCAGUGGACAAAUUUGACCAAAUGACCAAACAGUAUUCCUGCAGCCGAAAGACAAACAGGUGGCACUUAUGCAUGUUUUAUUUUAUAAUCAAUGCUGCCACCAUCAAUGCUUGGGUCAUCAGCAACAAUAAUAAGAAAACACAACAGGAGGUGGAGCAGGCUCGCGGCCAGUUCAUGCAGGACCUCGCUCUGAGGCUGGUCACACCCUGGGCCCAGAAAAGGAUCGACUCUGGAAACCUUGGACGGAGAUUGCAGUGGACCAAAAAGGAUAUGGUGAAAAUAAAUGUCCCAAAGCAGUCCGUCCCGCCAUCCCUACCCAUAGCCAAGAGGUGUGGCUCGUGCACUGGGGAGGAAGAGAGGAAGUCCCAGAGUGUUUGUAUAGCGUGUUACGAGCCUGUGUGUGACCUUCACUCAUACAUCACCUGCCUCAACUGCCAAUAGUUGCAGCAGGUGGCGUGGUGUAUCCAGUGUGCCUAUGAUGAUGCCCUAACCUGUACUCUACAGAGAGGUCCUCCGUUACCCUCUGUGCUGCUGUGUUAGCAACAUAAGCUGUCUUCAUGUAAAUAUACCAUUUUCUUUGUUUCAUUUAUUAUCCUUUUUUACGAAGGAACUAAAUAGUUUAUCAUUCUCAUCAUCAAGUUUGUUAUAACUUAUGAAAAGGUUCUACUUUACUGCUAUGUACAGUCAAUAAAUGUAUAUAAUUGUU